AUGUCCAGUAAACUCAUUACUCAAACAAAAGCUAGAUUUGCAAGCUUCUUUCAAAGUUCAAAUGAAGACUUUGAUAACUUGAUGAAAAACUAUACCCUCACUUACUUGGCUGAUGAUGAUGACUCUAAGAAAUAUGAUGUUAUUGGUAACUCACCUACAGCCGCUCACUACAUUGGUGAUGUUUCCAAAAAGGCUGUAUUUGACGAUCAUUACAAUAAAGUUCAUCCUCCAGUUAAAGUUGAAUAUAGAUCAAAAGAAUCUGUUUAUCAUUUCAUCAAGUUAAUCAUCCAUCCUAAAUACCAAGGUAAACGUCCAGAUAAAAGUAGUGCUGUCUACAUUGUUAAAAAACCUGAUGUUCCAUUAGAACAAAUUUUAGGAUUCUUGAUGUUUGCCCGUUUAAAAGAAAACAAAACUGUUCAUUAUGGAAACAUUGAAGAUGCUGAAUCAUUACCUCAAGUCUAUCCAGAGUUUAUCUUUGAAAAUUGUACAAAGUUUGAUGCUAAAGAUAUUGUUCCAUAUUUGUACACUGUUCAUUUUGACAAAAUUUCAAAAAUUGUUCCAAAAGAGAAAAGUUUAACAGUUGCUAGAGUUCCACAACGUUAUCAUCAGUCACAAGAGAUUAGAGCAAUGAAAAGGUUUGCAAGAUUCUCGGGGGCUUGUCUCCUUUUCGUAUUGAAAGAUCCUAAAGUUAAGUUUGGCAGAUUUUUUUCCACUAGACAAUGUAUUGAACAAUAUGGUUAUUAUGUUAAUCGCGUUGCUUGGAGGAUUACACAAAAGUAUGCUCAUCCAAGACUUGAAGAACCAUUUGAUCAAUUUGCAAAUAUGUAUGGUAAGCCAAAGAGAAACUAUGUUGAUUCAAGAUUUCCAAAGGUCAACUCUGCAGCCUUGCCAGAGGUUGCUGGUAUUUAG